CUGCGACUGGGCCAACGACGCCGCUAUCCCUAUAAUCGUGAAGCACAGCCAUUAUGUGUCUGUUAGCGUUGAAGCCGCUCGUUACUCCGCAAUGCGUCCUGAAACUGAUGAGGUUAGAAGAGAUGAAGCCUUGGAAAACAGUGGUGGUACAGCUGGCUGCUGAGCUCCUCGGCACGUUCCUGCUGGUGGUCGUGGGGUGUGGCUCGACUACAACGGCGUGGUCGGAAGGCUACCAGCCGACGACUGUUCAGGUGGCCCUGACAUUUGGACUUACUGUCGCAUGCAUCGUGCAGAUGCUUGGCCACGUAAGUGGCGCUCACGUGAACCCGGCAGUGACGGUGGGCCUGGUGGUGGGCGGCUUCCUGGGCCUGCUGAAGGCUCUGCUGUACGUGACGGCGCAGUGCGUGGGCGCCACCGCUGGCUCAUUUGUGCUCCAGGCCCUGACACCCAACGAGACGGUCGCAACGCUGGGCGUUACAGCCUUGAAUCAGCACGUGACGCCGACGCAGGGCUGCUUCGUGGAGAUGGUCAUAUCAUUCGUGCUCGUGAUGGCCGUGUACAGCGCUGUCACAGCGGCGGCGGCAGCAGCAGGACCCUUCACUGUCGGCAUGUCUAUCACAGCCUGCCAUUUGUUCGCGAUGCAGUAUACUGGUGCUGGUAUGAAUCCGGCUCGUUCUUUCGGACCUGCUUUCGUUACUGGAUCUUGGACAAACCAUUGGGUGUACUGGGUGGGACCGUGCGUAGGCGGUGUUGCUGCGGGUAUCGUCUACCAAUACUUCAGACCAGAAGAGCCUGUGGAUGCAGCAGAGCAUAGGGCUUCUCCGGGCCAAGCUUCUGGCAUGGCCUCAGGGGUAGCGGAACGGAAUGUAUAAACACGAAACAAAAAUGUAAUGCUCUUGACAACAUGGCAUUGUCCAAUUCCUGCCUGAACUUUGUGGACGACUGUGUACACCUAAUUAAGCCUGAUGUUAAGAGAAUGCAUAUUGGAACUCGCCUAUUUCACUAGGCGUGGCGAGGACAUAUAAUGGAUGUAAAAUUUUAAUGAUGUCAAACAUUUACAAUGAACUGAGACCUUACGCUCCAGUGGAUUUUUAAAUGUUGUCAAAGUUGAAUAA